UGUGGGCUGGCUAGUGGGGUUGUUGGGUCUGAGCUGGGCUGCAGCACCCACCAGACCAGUCUGCUGCCCAUACUGGCAUACACAGGAUUAGGCUUUCGGGGCUCACUCCUGCCAGGCUACGGUUACCGUACAGGGGACGAGACAGCCAGUCCUGGAGGCCCGCAGAGGACUGCAGGACCACGGAGGGCAGGACAACGUGCACAGCUCUGCCGGACAAGCUUUGCCGGCGAGGAUCUGUGUGAGCAGAGACGCCGAGGUGGACCGCGUCAGCCCACGGGCCUGGCAGUUCCUCUGGCCUGCAGCAGCUAAAUCGGCAGCACUGCAGAACAAGAGCACGUCGCGUGACCCACGGCGCUAUGAGCUGGGCCCAGGCCAUGCUGCUGGCCCGUGGCCUCGCCAGGGGCUGGGCCGGCCUCCGCGGGGUCCCCCUCUCCCAGCUCCACUGCAGUGCAGCCUCCCACAGCGCGGAGCUGUCGGUGGCCCCCGGGCCGCCGGAGGACAAGCACUCUGAGCGCAGACCCCUCCGGGUCCCGACGCCCCACGAGGAGCUCUUCCGGCAGCAGCAGGGGCCCGGCGGAGGCGAGCGGGACAAAGCGAGCUUCGUGCGCGCCGUGCAGGGCUUCGGCCGCCACAACGUGCGCAAGCGUGGCCACGUGGACUUCAUCUACCUGGCCCUGCGCAAGAUGCGCGAUUACGGCGUGCAGCGCGACCUGGCCGCCUACAACCUGCUGCUCGACGUGUUCCCCAAGGAGGUCUUCCGGCCGCGCAACAUCUUCCAGCGCCUCUUCGCGCACUACCCGAGGCAGCAGGAGUGCGGCCUGGCGCUGCUGGAGCAGAUGGAGUUCCACGGGGUGAUGCCCGACAGACAGACGGAGUUCCUGCUCAUGCAGAUCUUCGGGCGGGGAAGCUACCCCAUGCUGAAGCUGCUCCGCAUGAGGCUCUGGCUCACCCGCUUCAAACACAUCAACCCCUUCCCCGUGCCGGCCGAGCUGCCCGCCGAGCCCGUGCGCCUGGCCAGGCUGGCCCUGCGGCACAUGGAGCCGGACCUGAGUGCCCAGGUCACCGUGUACCAGACUCCCUCCUCCACGGACGACUCGGCGAGUGAGGCCCAGCCCCACAUCGUGGGAAUACAGAGUCCCGAGCAGCAGGCCGCCCUGGCGCGCCAUAACCCAGCCCGGCCCGUCUUUGUCGAGGGCCCCUUCUCACUGUGGCUGCGGGACAAGUGUGUCUACUACCACAUCCUGCGAGCUGACCUGCUGCCCCCCGAGGAGAGGGAAGUGGAGGAGGUCCGGGAGGAGUGGAACCUGUAUUACCCGAUGCAGCUGGACCUGGAGUACUCGAGGAGCGGCUGGGAUGACAGCAAGUUCGACAUCAGUGAAGUGGAGGAGGGCCCCGUCUUCGCUAUGUGCAUGGCGGGCGCCCACGACCAGGCCACCCUGGCCAAGUGGAUCCAGGCUCUGCAGGAGACCAACCCAGCCCUGGCCCGGAUCCCCGUGCUGUUCCGCCUGACGGGGUCCAGCGGGGAGCUGCAGCCGGACUCCACGUCGUCCUCGUUGGGCCUGGAGGAGCGCUCGCCCCCCGAGGCCCAGGACCAAGACGAGGAGGUCCUGCAGCAGCAGGGCCAGCGCUGAGUGACCCCGCGGGCUGCGAGGGGUG